CCUUCUUAUAUACCACCUCUUCCCCCUACAGUUCCCAUCAAAACCAAAUCUCCUCUGUUUCAUCCACUCAUCCUUUCUCUCCUUUCACUUUCAUUAUAUAUAUAUAUAUAAAUAUAUUUGUAGAUAGAUAGAUCUGAUCGGUCGAAGACGAUGGACGGUGGUGGAAUUGUGGAGCAGAGAAGGGAGACGGUGGGGUCUGUUAAUAGCAGAGUAGGUUACGUCCAUAAAAUUAGCAUGAAGAGGAAGAAGAAGAUGGUGAUGAAGAAGGAGACGAAGAAGGUGAGAAAGCAGAAUGCUACUGCCAUUCAAGAACUGUUUGAUUCUUGCAAACUCGUCUUUAAAGGCCCCGGCAACGUUCCUUCUCCUCCCGAUGUUCGCAGUUUAUGCCGCAUUCUCGACAAGAUGAAGCCAGAAGAUUUUGGAUUAAGCACAAAUCUGCAUUUCUUUAAAGUCACUGGUGCAGGAAAGGGAAAUUCCAGGGUCACCACCACUACCAUUUACCAAUCCGAUAAGUUUUCUCUGUGUAUAUUCUUCCUUCCUGCGAGUGCUGUGAUCCCGCUCCACAACCAUCCAGGAAUGACGGUGUUCAGCAAACUUCUGGCGGGGACAAUGCACAUCAAAUCAUACGAUUGGGUUUCUCCUCCCAAUUCUGAUUCCUCUCAAUUGAGAUUGGCAAUGGUGAAAUCUGACAAUGUUUUCAAAGCUCCCUGCAACACCUCUGUUCUUUACCCAACAACCGGAGGCAACAUCCAUUCCUUCACCGCCAUUACUCCCUGCGCCGUGCUUGAUGUCCUCGGACCUCCCUAUUCCAAAUCCGACGGCCGGGAUUGCUCUUACUAUAAGGAAUUCCCCUACUCUCAUUUCUCAAAUGGAGAAACAAGAGAAUUGGGAGAAGAAGAGGAGGGUGAGUCUUAUGGAUGGUUGCAAGAGAUUGAUGUGCCAGAGAACUCAGAAAUGGAUUUAAUCAAGUAUUUAGGUCCACAGAUUAUAGACACGGAUUAAUUAUUGCCUAAUUUUUUCUUUCUUUCUUAUUAGUCCCACAGUUGUUUUUGGGGGGUGCCUCAUUUGAGUUUCAGUCAUGUUAAUAGUAGUUUCAGAAGUGUGUUGUUCAUUUGUCA